AUGUCUUUCCAGGCCCUAAAAACCGUUCAUGGACAUGUCUGCACUACAUAUAGAGAAGCCUGCUAUCGACAAGGACUGUUAGAAGAUGGUGCACAAUGGGAUGCAACUUUGGAAGAGGCUGCUUUAUCACAAUCACCUAAAAGUCUCAGGGCACUGUUUGCAGUUUUACUACAGACAUGCGAACUGUGUGAUCCUGCAACUCUAUGGCUCAAGUACAGGGACAACCUGGCUGAAGACUUUAAGCAGCAAGCUCAACGGCUCUAUCCUGACAUGGAGGGUAUCAGCAAUGAAGUCUGCAACAAAACUCUCAUUCACAUUGAAGACAGAAUCGCCACACUGGGUGGAAAGGAAUUGUCCACGUAUGGCCUGCCACAGACAUUCAGAAAACUACCAAAAUCACAAUUGGCUGUGUGA